UUGACCAAGAAUUGUUCUUUUUCGAAUUUGUUGAUUUUGAAGAGUGAGUUAGGAGAAGGGAAAAUUUGGAGGGUCGGCGGAAAAUUGAAAAAAAAAAUCUAGAGGCGGCUGUGAGUUCGAAUAUCGACAUUUUUGACCCAAAAAUUAUUUUUAAAUUGUUGAAAAACACAUUUGUUUGGAAAAUUGUUUCAGAAAAUUCCAGGUUCUCCAUCGAAAUUAAAAAAAAAUAAAGUUAAUUUGAAAAUAAUUCUUGAAAAAUUGAGUUGUUUUUUUAAUUUUCUGAUGUUCGAUGUUGUUGAGCCGAAAUAAAAUGUCAAUCUAGUCUUCACAUUAUCAUCUCAAAUUCCAUAUUUUCCAGCUCUAACUGCCUCGAGUUCUGGUUAUGGUUCAAUUCCAAAUCCCGAAAUAUCAGUUCGAUAUGUUCAACUUGCUGCAAAUGUUUAUUGUUCUCCUCGAUUAUUCGAAGCGCAAGAAAAUGAAUUCCUAAAAGCAACAAUGACAUCUUUAUCGAUUAUUGUAAUUGCUGCAUGUUCACAUCAAAAUUUGAAAGAUUCAUUGGCUAAAAGGGUUUGUUUAUUGAAUCCUUAUAUUUUCAUUCCCAAAAACUAAAUAAAUGUUUGCAGUUAUAUCGAUCAGUUGGUGAUAUUUUGAGUGCAUUUCCAUACAAUCAAUUUGAAUUUUCAAAAAUGAUUGUUUCUUCAAUAUUUUCAACUUUUGAAUCAGUUGACUCCAAUCAAAAACAUCGACUUGAAUUAUUAUGUCGAUUAGUUGACACGGAUCGAUUAUUCAUUUCGGAUGUUCAUAAAUGGUCUGAAGAUGUUUAUUCAAGAAAAAAGGAGAUUUUCGAUUCGUAUCCUAAACUUUUUGCAUUUUUAUGUUUUUCAAUUGGAACUGAUAAUCUGACUGUUCCUGCUGUUUUAUUUCCAACACCUGAAUUGAGAUAUGAAACUGCGAGAAUUGCAUUCAGAAAUGGGAAAUGGAAAGAUGUUGCAUUGCCGAAUUUGAAAGGAAUCAAUACUUUGGUGGGAAAUUUAUUUUUAGACGAAAAAUCAAUUUAUCAUUUCCAGAACAUGAAUCAAACUGAAGGAGAUUGGAUAAACGCGCUCCAAGAACUUGCUGAAUCUCAGAUUUCUGAAAUAAACCCGGAAAAUUUGAAAAUUCAACAAAAACAUUUGCGAUCUUCAUUAUCGAUUUUGAAAACAUCGAAAGAUGUUCCGAAAUUUGCAGAAUCUCUUAGAUUUCCGAUUGAUUUUCUAAGUUUGUCUCCUCACAACUUCGGAACUUUAUUCGCAUAUUUUAUCGAUUUUUGUGGUUUUUACGAGGGAUUUAUCGGCGGCGCUUGUUAGAGGACAAUUUUAUAAUCCAAUUGUGGCCAAGAGGUUUUUAGCAGCUGUAAGUUUAUAGAAGUUUGACGGAUUUCUGAAUCGCUUAUCCAAGUUUCAACCAUUUUAAUUCAGAUUUCUACUGUUGAACAACCAAUCAAUGAAUGUUUAUCUCAAUGGUCGAUUUUGUCACGAACCUCAUUUUGUGCCGAUCCGACAAGUUUUGAUCUCAUAACUAUUUAUUAUUCAAGAAUUUCUGUGUUGUUGGCUGCAAUCAAAGUUGUCCUUGGAAAACAAUCCAUCGAAACGUAAUUCAUUUUUUUUCUAAAAAUGUUUCAUAUAAGAAUAAUCUGAAAUUCCAGAAUAAUUCAACUUGCUCCUUUGUCAAAUAAUCGAACUUGUAGUCAAUUUCAACACGAAAUGUUACAAUGGGCGAUUGGAAGAAUUGCAUUUUUGAAAGUUGAGAAUUCAGUUGAUUUGACGACAAUUCAAACACUUGAUUCGAUUUUGAAACAUAUUGCAAGUAUUCCUUAUAUGCUUCCGAGAUUCUUUUUCCAACAGUUUUAUAAUGUUAAUAUCAAGGUGAGGAUUUUGAAUGAGAUAUGGAAUUAUUGGAAAUGGCUGAAAAUCAUUUCAGCACUUAAAAAAUACAACAAAAAAUGUGUUUGAAAAAACUAACCUCCCAGGUUUUGGAGCUUGAAAUUGAGCACCGUAUUCAAUGUUCUAGAAAAACAUGAACAAUUCUAACUUUUCAAAAUUAAUUUUCAGCAAAAAAGCAUAGACCCACUCUUCUCAAUUUUCUGAAUAACACCUGGAAAUUUUGCAGAUCUCAACAACUCCACAGAGCGAGAAGAAUCGGGCUGUAAAUGUUGUUUCUGGUGAAACUGUUCCGAUUCGAAUCGAUGGUGCAAUUAAUUCGAAUCAUCCAUCAGCAAUUCGAAGUGUUAUUGUGAUUGCAGAAGUUGCAUUUUUAUCAAAUCACGCGGCAAGUUUACUGUUUUAAAAUUCUCAAAAUAUAACUCUUCUUUUUCAGCAUAAUUUCACAUUGACUGAAACUGUCGAACCGACUGACAAAAAUUAUUUCACCGCGCAGUUUUUGCUCACUUUUAAAUGGGUUAGUUUGAUUUAAAUUUUUUAUUUCUCUAAAAAAUAAAAAAAAAACACAUUUCAGUCAUGCGACAUCAAAUUUCGAAUAGAAUUUAUUGAUUCAACUUGUCGAAAACAAUGGAAAUCCACGUCGAAACCUACAGUACUACCAAUAAAUGUGAGAGAAAUUGGAAAAUCGAGACAAGGUGUGGCUGCUGCUUAUAAUAGUAUGGAAUAA